UGGGAGGAGUUGUAAAUACAGUGUUACCUUGUGUCAAAUAUUCCUCAUAGUGGAUCAUUAACUCCUUCAUUAUACACACAUUAACCUGAAAAAAUGUGAAGCAAAUCAAAAGAGGGGUGAAUAGAGGCUUCAUCAGAAGACAAGAAUGUCUUCAACUUUAGACAUUGAUCCUCACAGCAAUAAGAGAGAAGAACUUCUGUCUGCUUUACUUGGAGCAGUUCAAGGAUGCCAGGUGAGGUUUGGAGGACGUGCUGAACUUGCCACAGAGACAGAUGAACGAGUAGCUUCCCUCUGUUCCAGGCUGGAAUGUGCCCUCUCUUAUGGCCUUAAAUUACGCUCUCCUAGCAGGGGACUUGCUGCCAUAAAACAAGUGACAGACAUGGUUACCUCAGGACUCAGUCUUCACCUCGCCCUGCCUGGUGCUGCUGAAACAGAAACUCCUGUGCUGUGGUGGUAUGUCAGAGAACUUUUAACCCGGCAUGAAUAUGAACGUUUCCUCCACUUGAAGAAUGUUGCCACUGAUAUAGGUAGAGGUCGUGCAUGGCUGAGGAGUUUACUCAACGAACAUUCUCUUGAACGAUACAUGCAUAUUGUUGUGUGUGAUGAAACACUACUACAACAGUGGUAUGAACCCUGGGCUCUGCUGCGGGACCAAGAGAGGGCUGCAAUGCUGCCCAAUUUAGCAGCUGGUCUGGACUCUAUACUGUUUGCUAUUAACAUUGACAAAGUUGAGUUAAAUGAUGGGAGCCAGAAUGUAUCCAGAAUAAAACCUGAAGUUGCCCCUAAUGUGAAACCUGAACCAGAAGCACAGAUAGCCACCACUUCAGAUGCCAACCACACUGUUAAUCCGGUGGUCUUAAGAAAACGAGAUCUGAGAAGAAAAAAGAAGAAAAUUCCCUCCCACUUAAUAUCCUUUGAUGAUGAUCUCUCAAGACCAGACAGACCAGAUGUAAAUUCUCCGUUAUAUCACAGUGCCCCCACGACGUGCCUCAGCUCCCCAGCACCAACCACAGCCAAUUCAACUCCUUAUGCUGACCGCUUGGAAAAGUUAGCACAAUUACGAGAACUUCAGCAAGCUAAGGAAGUUCUUAAGUCAACCAAUGAAACAAGUGAAAGGCAAAAGAGCCUUCCCAGAGCAAAUGAAGAAAUGGGAAACACUAAUGAUGCUGAAAAAACAGAGAUUAGGAGUCCCCUUCAGGACUCUGAUGACCUGGAGAGCAGCCUUCACAUCCCAGACAAGAAUGUCUUGUAUGAUGACGAAUCUCUACAUGAACCCAGUUACCACCAGCUAUUUGACAAUAUAUUACCCAAGCAGUUUGAUGAUUCAUAUGAAAGUGGUGAAAGUAAUUUAAAUGCCAGCAACACUUCAGUGGGUAACUUGCCAAUAGUGAAACCCCAACGACCCAGAAGCUUUUACGAUCAAGAAACCGGAUCAUACAAAUCUAGUCAGUCCAAUCUCUCAGCAGACAGCUUUCCAUCCAGUGAAGGAGACAUAGGAGCUGUAUUCACCCCAGUGGGUGGAAACAGUGUUGGAGGAUUAAUUCCCAUUAGCCCAAGAGGACUUGGUAUAUUUGAUGGCAUUCGUUCUGAUGAUGAAACAUCCAUACACAGCUACACUCAGGAGGUUGAUGAGGCAGCUGCAGCUGUAGCAGACAUUGUUGGAACUCAAGGGAGGGCUGGACUCACCAGCCCUACUUCUGUGUCCUCAACAUUACCUAGUCCAUCAAGUGGUGACACCACACUAACACUUGAUGAACUAAAAUCAGCCGUUUUGGAGAUAAGUCGUGCUCGUGAUGCUGCAGAAGGCCGGAGGGUGGAGGUGGCAGCAGCACUUACUCAGGAAAUGGAGGCAACAUCUAUGCUCAGGGCUGAGAUUGCUCUUCAACAGACACAACAUCAAGAAGCCCUAGAUAGAAUCAACACAAAAGUCAACACUCUCACCAGGGAGAACGAGUUAUUGAAACACCAGCUGAAAAAAUACGUAGGGGCAGUGCAACUUCUGCGUCGAGAGGGAAGCUGUGAGGGACCAAUUACCCUGCCCAACAAACCUACACCAGAGUAUCGCGACUACCACCAUGAAGCUGCUGCCUACGAGCUGAAACUAAUCCAAGUGGCUGAAAUGCAUGGAGAACUGAUGGAAUUUAAUGAGCGGUUACACAGGUUGUUAAGGAUGAGGGAAACACAGGUUCGCUGUCUCCGUGAGCAGCUGGUAGAACUCCGAGGUCCUUUACCAAAUGAACUUGAUGAAAAUGAAGAAUUUGAAGACGACACCAGCAUCACCAGUGAUCCAAACACAUUGACCUCUUCUCGUACAUUUCACACUCUUAUCAAUAUCUGGAUCCCUACAGCCUUCCUUACUGGCACGUCUGCAGAUGCUCACCAUGUUUAUCAGAUUUAUAUUCGCAUCCGAGAUGAUUUAAUGAAUGUUUACCGUCGAUUUGCUCAGUUCUAUGAGCUUCAUAAGCAGCUUAAGAAGAAGGAUCCAAUUGUACUUGAUUUUCCACAAAAGAAAACUUUUGGUUAUAAGGAUGACAGUGUUGUGGAGGAGCGACGUGUUCGUCUUCAGCUGUACAUCAGACAGGUAGUGAACUUGCUCCUUAACUCCAACCCUCAACUCACGUCUUCACCGGAUAAACUCACAUUCAUCAGCAUAUUGCCAUUUUUUGCGUAA